UAGGCCGGCCCACAGAGUCAUUUAAGGGGAAGAGGUUACUGUAUACUGUAUAUCUGCUCGUUGGCAAAGCCCAUUCUUGUUCACACAGCACCAUGUGACUGUCGGUAACUUCAUCAGACCUCACCGCAACACACUGAUCCUGGGACAGCUAUAAAACGCGUCUUUUCUAUUAUUUAGUAUCAUUUUACUCUCGAAGUGUUUUCUGCAAGUUUCGCGUUCAACCUCUCUGAGAUGUUUUGGUUCAUGCAGGGAUUAUGCUUCCUACCAGUGUUUUUGGUCAUCUGGUCCUCCAGCACUUUUAUUGUGUCCUACAUUAUUGCGAUUUACAGACGGGAUGUCGACAUUAUUUUUCCAUACAUAAGUGACACAGGUGCAAACCCCCCUGAGAGCUGCAUUUUUGGCCUGAUGACCUUCAUUUCUGCAUGUGCAGGAAUAUGCACCAUAUACGCCAGGUACAAGUAUGUGGAUAAGCUGAGCGCGGACACAAGUGUGGUGAGCCCGCGUCUCAAUAAAACUGCUCUUGUGCUUGGGUUGCUCUCGUGUUUCGGCAUGUGCGUUGUUGCGUCGUUCCAGGAAAUAACAGUGACAGUCGUUCAUGAUAUCGGAGCUCUGCUGUUCUUUAUCUCUGGGGUCUUAUACAUAAUCCUCCAGUCUGUCAUAUCAUUUCGUGCCUAUCCAUUUGGGUCUUCGAUGUGUGUGUGUCGAACACGUUUGGGUAUCGCCAUCCUUGCUGUUGUGGCAUUUUUCCCCACUGUCAUCUGUGCGUUCUUUGUGAAACAAACUGAACUGCACAGGGACACGACAGACAAGGUAGGCUGUUGUUUGUUACUAUGUGUGUCAUUUAAAGUGGAAACAGACAACUUUUCAAUUUUUACCCCCCUAUAUUUUGCAAGUGGUUUUAAUGUUGGCAAUGUUGCAAAACAAUUAGAUCGCUUUCUACUUGCCAACGGAGCUCUUUUUCCUUUGCCAGGUAGUUUUCAUGGUUACACCCUGAUAUAAUAAAGUAAUAAAUAGUUAAUAAAAAAAACAUGCUUACUAGAACCAUAUGGUGGCCCAGAGAUGGUGUUUUUCUGUAGGACUACUGAGAAGCUAACAACGCUGUUCACAGUUCCCUCACCAAAAAGCCUAUGGGAUUUUUCCAUUGGAUUUUGGAUUAUGGUAGAAAAUAAGCUCUGUGGCAAAUAAACGUUUUUGAUACUGACAUGCUUUGUUCAGCAAGAUAAUCUUCACAAGUGAACACCAAUUUCAGGAUUUUUGAAGCCUAAACGCUUCAGAUUGGAUUUACAAAGGCUUCCUCAGUCUUACAAAAAAAUAACUUUAAGGAGACUUUCUUCAAAAAAGGGAACCUUUAGUUUGACAGAGAACCCUUUAAGAAGCAAAUGGGUUUUCAGGGAGAAAACUUUUGGAACAAUUAUGUACUUUGGUUGUUUUACCCUCCAUCGAUAAUGCUCCUGGCAGACAGUAACUGCACAGAACUUCCAUUAAUACCCUUUGGUGACUGAGAUUAAAUAUUGAUAGCUAUCGGGGAAACAAUAGCGCUGUGUUUUUCCUGUUUUGGUUGCACAGGGGUUGACACACUUCCUUUAUGCAUUAAGUCGAGCCUUCAUUUUCCCAGGAGAUCAUACGAGAUCAUUGCAUAAUAAAAGUAUUGCUUUUUGAGAGCCAGUAUAAACAGAAAUGGUGAUUCUAUAACCAUUACAUUGUGCAAUCAACAUUUAGAUCAUAGUAAGUUCCAGUAAAAAUCUAUUUCCUCGUUAAAGCUGAAACAUUAGACAAAUAACCAGCAGCUAUAUAGAUAACAGAUUAAUACGUUUUAAUGUUGAAUGUGUAUUAAUGUUUGUGCCUCUC